AUGACCAAGACAGCAAUUCUAUUUCUUGCGGAGGGUACAGAAGAAAUGGAGUUCUCCAUCACGUACGACAUACUCGUACGCGGAGGAAUUCAGGCUCGCUCUGUGUAUGUGCCUGCCGAAGGAGCGCCUGCAUCGCCACCCAACGGUAUGGUUACCGCUUCGCGCGGCGUGAAACUCGGUGUCGACACGACGCUGGCCGACCUAGAAAAACAGGGACUCAAUGAAGUCGAUGCGCUUAUCGUACCAGGUGGUGUAGGUGGUGCAAACACCAUUUCGAAAAACCCUGGUGUGUUGCGCCUGCUUAAGGAAGCGUAUGACCAAGGCAAAAUUAUUGGUAUGAUUUGCGCUGGCUCGCUCGCAGCGUUGGAGGCAAAGAUUGGUCUCAACGAUGCUAUCACUAGCCAUCCCUCUGUGAAAGACAAGCUGAGUGCCUAG